AGAAGCUCAAGAAGCUCGUGUCAACUACUGACUGCGGGCCAGGCAAGAGCUAGACACUCAAGAAAGCUGGACAUCCAGAAGUGGAAGAAGCUUUGUACAUGUGGUUUCUUCAGGAAAGGAAUAGGCAUGCACCAAUUUCAGGACCCAUGUUGGCAAUGACAGCUAAGUUUUUUUAUAAGGAAAUAAUAAAAAAAGUUGAUUUUGUCGUCAUGGCAGGAGAGAAACUUUCUAACGAUGCCUUUUAAAUUAAGAUUUUUGCAAAAGGUGAACG